CUCAGCUCGACCGGCUGCAGAGAUGAAGAUAAACCUCACGGCUGUGUGGAUGUGUUCUUUAUUCAUCUCCUUGUUGGUAGAGUCAGAUCAUGCACAGAAGCUGAACGUUCACUGGGGUCCUCAGUCCAUGAUGUACCUGAAGGGGAAACACGGGCGGAGGUUUGUGUCGGAAGAUGACAACGAUGUUUUGCAGGGUCUUCAGGGUCUUCACAGUCUUCAGGGUCUUCAGGGUCUUCACAGUCUUCAGGGCUGGUACGCAGUGCUCAAAGGUAUCCAGAGGCUGCAGUCGAGGGUCUUCAGUAAACCCCGUCACAUCUUGACUUCAGAAAAAGUCCUGAUUCAGGUCCUACAGCAGAGAUGAGACCGAGUCCGACUGUCAGCAUGAAGAAAAGAAACCAACUAU